ACUGAAUGCAGUCACGAUACGACUCCACACAAGAAUUGCCGUGUCAGACUGUGCUCCAAACUUCAAACCACACGUGCUCCAAACUUUUCAGACUAAAGCUCCGUUUAAUUCAAAUCGAACGAACGCAUCUUAAAUUACGGCCUGUCAUUGACAAUUACAUGUGAAUCUGGACGAUUUUAGUGCCAUGGUUCUCGAAUUAUUUUAUUCGGAGGAGGAAUAAAAGCGAUGUGCAGAAGUGGCGCCGGAUUCACAAUCAUCCCUCAUCAGCGUCGUGAAACACAAACCGGAGUUAAACGAGGUAACAAUGAGCGGCUGAAAAGCGGCGGCAGUGCGUGAGUGACCCGUGCGUGAGUGACCUGUGCGUGAGUGACCCGUGCGUGAGCUGCCAUGCGGCCGGUGGCGCGAUAAUGACGGCGGUCGGCAUGGGCACUAUCGGACCAUCGGUGGCGGCGGCGGCGACGGCGGUGGUGGAGGCAGCGACGUUCGUCCUGUUGCUCCUUGCUGCUCCCCACACCGACGCAUUGGAAUUAGGAUCAUGCGGAUCAGCUCUUGGAAUGGAGUCCGGAGCUAUCAAGGAUUCUGCAAUAACCGCAAGUUCUGCUUAUGAUUCCAGCAGUGUCGGACCGCAACAUGGAAGGCUUCGCAAUGACAAGAACGGAGGCGCCUGGUGUCCGAGACAAAUGGUGUCUCGAGAUGCCAAGGAAUAUUUGGAAAUAAACUUGGAAGAGUUGCACGUGAUAACGGGCUGUCGCACUCAAGGACGCUUCGGCAACGGCCAAGGACAAGAAUAUGCCGAAGAGUACAUGAUUGAGUACUGGAGACCCAACUUUACCAAGUGGGUGAGGUGGAAAAAUCGGUCCGGAAAAGAGCUUCUACCAGGAAAUACAAACACUUUCACGAUCGUAGAUCAGAAGCUUGAUCCUCCUGUAAUAGCCUCGAAAAUUCGUUUUGUUCCAUAUAGCGAUCACGUGCGUACUGUUUGCAUGAGGACUGAACUCAUCGGCUGCAUAUGGACAGACGGUCUGUUGAGCUACGAUGUGCCUCAGGGACUCCACCGUGGCUCCGAGUUGGACCUCACAGACCGCACUUACGACGGCCGAGAAGAAGGCGGCCUUCUUCAGCGAGGGCUAGGCCAGCUCGUCGAUGGCCAGAAAGGACAAGACAACUUCAGGCUUGACCUCGCAGGACAUGGUAAAGGUUAUGAGUGGGUGGGAUGGCGCAACGACACACCUGGUUGGGAUGGCCACCCUUUAGAAAUGCGUUUUGAGUUCGACAAAGUACGCAACUUCUCAGCCGCUCAUCUGCAUACUAAUAAUCUCUUCAGCAAAGAUGUGCAGGUGUUCUCCCAUGCUCGAGUAUUUUUUAGUGUGAAUGGAAAUUUGUUCAACGGCGAACCUGUUCAUUUUUCGUACAUGCCGGACCUGGUUUUGGAACACGCCCGCAACGUUACGAUCAAACUCCACCACCGCAUCGGACGAUUCCUCAAACUUCAACUGUACUUCGCCUCCCGAUGGAUCUUGCUCAGUGAAAUCUCUUUUGACUCCGUGGUGAUAACAGGCAAUUUUACGGAGACGGCGGAGGACAUCCCAAUCCCAGAUUCCGGCAAGGAAUAUCCGUUACAAAGAGAUGAAGUUAAAAGUACGUCCAGUAAAGCAAAUCGUAAUACAACGGGAGCUUCCACAAAAAGCGGAACUAAUGAAGAACCUAAGCACUACAUUGGUUUCGUUAUUGGGAUCCUUACCGUUGUAAUAUUGAUCCUUGUGGCAGCGAUUGUGUUUAUCGUCUUUCGAAAUCAACGACUCAAAACGGCCACAGGACUCACGGUUGUGCCCAGGUUGGACAAAAGGAUUCAUUGUGACAAGAUGGCAAUGGAAGACUGCGAUAAAUCAGCUCUUUACGUUGAAACUUGCAAGACGAAUCUUUAUGCUCGACAGACGCAUCCAAACAGUCCGGAUUAUUCCGAAGUGCCGGAUCUGGUUUGCCAGGAAUACACUGUUCCGCAGCACAUGAUGGACAAGUCGUUUUCACAAUCGUCGCGAGCGCCGCCACCGAUGCUGAACUUCCUGCCCAAACCACCGCCCGUGCCUCCACCUCCGGCGAGCUACUACACGGACCAAGAUAUAUGCAGUCCCCUUCCGCUGGUGUCAUCACCCGCGAAAAGCAGUCGCCAUUUCAUGCUGCCCCUGAGUCCGGAACCGGAAGAUUGCAGCGAUCAGGACGAGGUGGACGUGGCGAUCGCAAUUUUCCCGCGUGAACAAUUAGCCAUAAUCGAAAAAAUCGGCGAAGGACCUUUCGGAGACGUGCAUCUGUGCGAAGUGCUGGCCGAUGACGGCAAACUCAGUGACUGCAAGUUCGUGGUCGUGCACACGCUGCGCUUGGAAACUUACAGAGAGGAGUUUAAUAAAGAGGUGAAAGCGCUGGCGAGACUAAAUGAUCCGAAUAUUGCCCGACUGCUCGGCGCUUGCCUCGACACGGAACCAAUAUGUGCAGUGAGAGAGUACGCGCCAAUGGGAGAUUUGUGCCAAUUUUUGCAAGAUCACGUCGCUGAAACGGCCACUCCGCUCGCUACCACUGCCAAAACGCUGAGUUAUGGUUGUCUUGUUUACAUGGCAACUCAAAUAGCGUCUGGUAUGAAGUACUUGGAGUCACUGCGGUAUGUUCACAAGGACUUGGCGGCGAGGAACUGUCUGGUCGGGAGACGCUACGAAAUCAAGGUAUCGGAUCUGGGCUCGUACCGACGAAUGUACAGCUCGGAUUACUGCCAAAUAGGGGAAUCCCGCCCUCUGCCCCUGCGCUGGAUGGCAUGGGAAAGCGUCCUCUUAGGAAAGUUUUCGGGUAAAAGCGACGUCUGGUCGUUCGCCGUUCUGCUGUGGGAAAUAAUGACAUUCGCCCGAGAGCAGCCUUUCGAAGAGUUGAGCGACGAUAAAGUGAUAGAAAACGUCACUCACUUCUACCAAGACGACGGCAAACACGUCUUGCUGAGCCCGCCAAUCAAUUGUCCCAAGGAGAUAUUCGAUCUAAUGUGCGAGUGUUGGCAAAGAAAUGAAUCUGACAGGCCCAACUUCCGAGAGAUCCAUUUAUUCCUGCAGAGGAAAAACUUGGGCUACAAUCCCGAGCUUCACUGACAUCUGCUAAUGAUGUACAUUAUCGACAAUAAAUUGAAAGAAUUGCGUGAUAUAUUCCACCUGUAACUGUGGCGAACUCGUUAUUCUAAGCGCAUUUGUUGCCGCUAAUUCUAGUUAUUAUCACUUGUGCUUCAUUCAUAGUACGCUUAAACCUGCGUUUGUGCCUUCUAUUCUUCUUACUCGACUCUCUAUUCGUUGCGUGACAAUUUCUAAUGUGAUAUUUUAUUUAUUUUCGGUGUAGUGCAAUUGUUAACUGUAGCCGUUAGUCUUAAUUAAAUCGUGAAACGAGUUGUCUAAGUGCUUAUACGUAUAGUUGUUAUUGUAUACGGACAGGUCAUCAAGAAUCGAAUUUCGCUUCCCUUUGUACAAAUAAGUCGUUUCCUCAUAGGCCUAAGCAGCGUUAGGAUUUCUAAAUUCGUUCCAACGAAUAGAUUUCUACUCACACUUUUAUUUUUUAUAACUCGAAAUGUCUAGUGUAAGCGAUAGUCAUUGUUCAAUAAUAUCGAAGUUAACAUUGUAAAAUCUUUUAAUAAAUUACUGCCUGUAUUUUCGACUGAACGAUAGUGCAAAUGCAUUUCUUGUUCAUAUCAUAUAGCUAGCGUUAAGGUGUAAAUAUGUCUGUACAAAAUGUAUCUCCCUUCAGUUUUUAUACAUUAAUACGAUUUAACAUACACAUUGUUUGUUGACACUGGUAAACUGGACCAAUAAAGAUAUUAAAACUG